AAUUCCGUCUUCAAGUUGCAGAGAUUUAGUAAGUGAAAGGUGUUUUUGAAGAUGGUGUCACAUGAAGAGAACACAAGUAUUGUGGAAUGGUUUCUUGGUCCACAUCCAUACACGUAUCCUCCUUAUGGUAUUGAGAUGAUUCAUGAGGAUGAUGAAGUAUCUCAUCAUCAUCAUCACCAGAGUGGUGAGUAUUACAGAGAGUAUGAAGAUCAUCGUAGUAGCGAUGUAGAUAACGAUGAGAUCAUUGCUAGAACUCUCCAAGACGAUUUUUUGCAGCUUGAAAUCGCAGAAAGUAACGAUUUUUCGCAUCAGAAUCAACAACAACAUCAACAAGAAGGUUAUACUAACAACUAUAGUAAUAACAACAAUGGAUAUGCUUGGAAUGAUCAGUCUGCUGUGGAUUAUUCUUCAGAAUGGGUAGGAAAUGAUAAUGAUCAAGAUGGGAGGAGCGAUGACUCGGUUAAUGUGUUUUCGUGUUCAAGCCCGAGUGAUACGGAUGAGUAUGUGUACUCGUGGGAAUCAGAUCAAUGUGAUGCUGAUGGUGAAUUUGGAAGGAGAUUGAAUCAAAUGGUUCCCAUUCCGUAUAUACCGAAAAUAAAUGGAGAAAUACCUCCGGAAGAAGAAGCAGUUUCAGAUCAUGAAAGACUUCGGAAUAGGUUAGAGAUGUUUGACUUCACCGAGGUUAAGGUUCCAGGAGAUGGUAAUUGCCAGUUCCGUGCUUUAGCUGAUCAACUGUACAAAACCGCAGAUCGCCAUAAACAUGUUAGACGACAAAUAGUAAAACAGCUCAAAUCUCGUCCAGAUUCUUAUCAAGGAUACGUUCCUAUGGACUUCUCUGAGUAUCUAAAAAAGAUGUCUCGGAGUGGCGAGUGGGGCGAUCAUGUGACAUUACAGGCAGCUGCAGAUGCGUAUCGGGUGAAAAUAGUAGUCCUAACAUCGUUCAAGGAUACAUGUUACAUUGAAAUUCUUCCUACCUCCCAAGAAUCUAAAGGAGUAAUCUUCUUGAGCUUCUGGGCAGAGGUUCAUUACAACGCCAUCUACUUAAACAGAGAUACAUCUGAAACAGAGCUACAGAGGAAGAGAAAAUGGUGGCGUUUCGGAAACUAGACAGGCCAUGGAUCAUCAUCACUGGGUUAUAUUAAUAUUUAUUGACUUGUGAGAGAGAAAUGUUCUUUGACAUAGUCCCUUCGUAGAGGGAGAGGAUGAUGAACAGAGCUCACAGCUUCAAAGUCUUACAAUAAUAUUAUUUUCUUCUUUGAAAGAAAGAAAAUUUUCUGCC